GGAGUGAUCUGGACUGUGCACAGGGAAACAGUCAUGAAAUAGUUUGGGAGAGAAGCAGUUUUACAUUAUAUGAAGUGAGUGCACCGCGGAAACGAAGCUGCAGAAACUGGAGUGGAUUAAUGACUGACUGACUGAUGCACGAAUCGGCUGGAGAGAAACUUACCUGCAGAGUACAACUGGCUGAUUGGUGUCGGUGAUGGGCGCCGGUGUGGGUUAGAACCAGAUCAGAAUACUUCACCUGGUUGUUCUGUCUUUAGUUUUUAUCCCGCCCAUGGUUUUUCAUGCUGAACGGGAAGGAUGCAUUUCUUUUUGCUUUGCUGCGUUUUUCUCUGGGCAAUGUUACCGCAGAGCGACAUGCACACUGCUGUACCUGCCACAGCUUGCUGACCCUGAUACAUCAAUUCCAAUAAAAGAAAAAGUUUUUCAUAUCCAACUUUGUUUAGCAAUGGAGUUUCCACUGGAACACAGGCAAGUCAAUUCAUUGAAAAAUUGUAAUGUUGCUUCUCUAAUGUUUUAUUAUCAACAAAAAUUGUUCUUUCUUCCCUUCUUCGUUACUUUCUCUCCUUUCUGACUGCCAUUUUACCAUAUCUAUAAAAAAAAGUUGUAAAUGCUUUAAUAUUAUAAUAUUAUUUGUUUGUUUUUACAGCUUGCAUCUGCAAGUGAUUACUUACAUACAAAGUCACUGUUCAAAGAUGUUAACAUGUACAUAAGAUAUUGAAUGGUUGAAAACUGGGAUUUUAGCUUCAGAAGACCUUGGUCCAGAUGACCCAAGAGGAUGAGGAUUGGUGCCCUCCUCACCUGCACCAUUCACAUCAGAAUUGGUGCAGACACUAGUCAGGAGAUGUCUGGGACCACUUAUCCAUGCAACUGAGGAUUGUGAAUGAUCCGGAUGGGAGAUCACUAUUCGUCCGUGAAAAGCAAAGCUGAAUCAUGGUGCCACUCAGGCACACCAACCUGUGUGAAAAUAUAUAUACAAAAUAAAUAGAACAAAUCUUUUUAUAUAUAUUUUAUUAUUACACUUUUCAUUUCAGUGUAAACACAAUUGAACAAAUAUUAAUGGUGGUUAAUAUUAAUAUAUUCAUUUGAAAAUAUAUAAUUGCAAAGCAAAUGUGUAAAAACAGUAAUAGAAAAACAAUUACAUUAAUAAGAUUCAACAUAAAUAAUAAUAAUAAGAGAGAGAGAGAGAGAGAGAGAGAGAGAGAGAGAGCCUGCUUGAAAAAGGUGAAAUCUAUCACCUUUGCAACUGUCAAAGACCUCAAAGAUUCUUUUGAUCUAUGACCACUGACACUGUAACUCGUUCCUUUGAUGAAGGCUCACAUUGACUCCCAUAAAAAUGUUCGCAAUUUAUGAGCGAACCAUUUUGCAAAAGUCUUAGAAUAGACAGAUCACACCAUUCACGACCGAGCCACACGUUUUGAUGUAGCAUCCUGACCACAGCAUUUCCUCUGGCUGUCUGAAAGUUGUGGCCCUACAGUUCAUAAGAAUACCAUGGCACUCCAGCAGAAGGUGGGUCACCAUGCCUGCAGCUGUCCCUUCAAUAGUGAGCAGUGAGUAGUGAGCAGAGAAGUGGCUUUGUUCUUGUUUGAUCUCUAUCUACUUCACAGGCUUUAUAUCAUAGGCAUGUUCAAAGGAUAUAUUGCAAACAAUUUAGAUAUUGGCUUAUUUCUUUACCUAUGCAUCUCAGGGAGACAUGUGCAGAGCGAGCCUCAACAUUCUGGCUUAAUUUUCAUUUGCAAGUAUUUUAAUAAUUAUCUGCAAAGGCGAUGGACCAAAACACAAAGAUUGAUCAGGGUAGCCUCUCUACCCUGAGCACCGGUAACUUGGGUUUUGACUUGUUAUUGCAAGUUUUGGAAUUACGUAUUACAGACUCUUCUCUUCUUCCUAAUGAUACCCCUGCUGAGGAAGAGUGUGGCCCCCAGCAGCCUCAUACAGAGUGCCACAUGCCUCUGGGAGCAGCACCGCUCAGCAUGGAGCAGACAGUCAUGCCUGCGACUGAGGAAGAGUGUGGCCCCCAGCAGCCUCAGACAGAGCACCACAUGCCUCUGGGAGCAGCACCACUCAGACUGGAGCAGCCAGUCAUGCCUGUGCCUCAGGAAGAGUGUGGCCCCCAGCAGCCUCAGACAGAGUGCCACAUGCUUCUGGGAGCAGCACCGCUUAGCAUGGAGCAGCCAGUCAUGCCUGCGACUGAGGAAGAGUGGGGUCCCCAGCAGCCUCAGACAGAGUGCCACAUGCCUCUGGGAGCAGCACUGCUCAAACUGGAGCAGCCAGUCAUGCCUGCGACUGAGGAAGAGAGGGGUCCCCAGCAGCCUCAGACAGAGCGCUACAUGCCUCUGGGAGCAGCACUGCUCAAACUGAUGCAGCCAGUCAUGCCUGCACCUAGAUUUCAUUGUGCACAGACCAGCUUUCCUCUUCUUCCUCCCUAUCGUGUCCCAACUGAGAAAAUGUUUAGUCCCCAGAAGUCUCAGACAGGGCACUUCAUGCCUCUGGGAGCAGCACCGCUCAAACUGGAGCAGCCAGUCAUGCUUGCGCCUGGAUUUCUUACUGCAAAAACCAACCCUCCUCUUCAUUCUUAUGAUGCCCCAGCUAAGGGAAGUUUUGUCCCCCAGCAUCCUCAGACAGAGCGCCACAUGCCUCUGGGAGCAGCACCACUCAGCCUAGAGCAGCCUGUCAUGCCUACGCCUAAGGAAGAGUGGGGCCCCCAGCAUACUCAGACAGAGUGCCGAAUGCUUCUGGGAGCAGCACCGCUCAAACUGGAGCAGCCAGUCAUGCCUGCGCCUGGAUUUCUUACUGCAAAAAUGAACCCUUCUUUUCUUCAAUCUUAUGAUGCCCCAGCUAAGGAACAAUUUGUCCCCCAGCAGCCUUGGACAGAGCGCUACAUGCCUCUGGGAGCAGCACUGCUCAAACUGAUGCAGCCAGUCAUGCCUGCACCUGGAUUUCAUUGUGCACAGACCAGCUUUCCUCUUCUUCCUCCCUAUCGUGUCCCAACUAAGAAAAUGUUUAGUCCCCAGAAGUCUCAGACAGGGCACUUCAUGCCUCUGGGAGCAGCACCGCUCAAACUGGAGCAGCCAGUCAUGCUCGCGCCUGGAUUUCUUACUGCAAAAACCAACCCUCCUCUUCUUCAUUCUUAUGAUGCCCCAGCUAAGGAAAGUUUUGUCCCCCAGCAGCCUCAGACAGAGUGCCACAUGCCUCUGGGAGCAUCACCGCUCAGCCUAGAGCAGCCUGUCAUGCCUGCACCUGGAUUUCAUUGUGCACAGACCGGCUUUCCUCUUCUUCCUCCCUAUCAUGUCCCAGCUGAGGAAAUGUUUAGUCCCCAGCAGUCUCAGACAGGGCACUACAAGCCUCUGGGAGCAGCACCAUUUAGCCUGCAGCCGCCAGUCAUGCCUGCACCUGGACCGGCUCUUCCCAGGUACCAGCCACCAAGUGCCUUGCAGCCAAACUACAUGUAUUGCCAGGCAGCUCCUUUCAGCCACAGCCAGGUCAACAACGGGCCAGUUGUGAGUCGCCCUCAGGUCCUGGUGACAAACCUGGUUCCUGUUGGAUUAAUAAAUAGAAAGAUCGUUUAUGGGGUUUCAGCCUAUUCAGCUCCUCCUGUCGCUUCUAAUGUCCCGGGAGGUAACGCCUUUGUUUCAAGAAAUAAAAGGUAUUGCCCAAAGCCACACAACGAGAGCAGUCCCUAUGUCAAGAAGCCCCCAAACGCUUUCAUGCUAUUCCGCACGGAACAGAGGCCAAAUGUUGUAGUAGAGCUCCAAAACUCAGACUGUGCGGCUGUCAACAGACUCCUUGGACAAAGAUGGAAGUCUAUGUCCAAAGACGAGCAGGCAAAAUAUUAUGAACAUGCAGAGAGGGAGAAGCACCUCCACUCUCAGGCCUUCCCUGAUUGGUCAGCCAAGGACAAUUACGCCAAAAAGAGGAAAAGGAUACGAAGGAAGCGUCCGGCUAUGACUUAAGAUUUCUGCAAUUUGAACUCACCAGGGAGUGAGAAUCUGAAGACUUUGAGAUGUGCACCUUUUGAUUUGUUUAACGCAGGGAAUGUCUACAGAAUGGAGCCAUCCGCGUAAAGCACAACUGUAUUCCCAUUUGUUCAAUAAAUGGUUAAAUCAUGA